AUGAAUAAUGUAGACAAUGCCAGCAACAGAGAGUUGGAUGAUGACAAAGUCGAAGGAGGGAGAAUAAUCAGAACCGGGUUUAUGGAAGAUGAAGAAGAAGAGAAGGAGAGAAGGAGAGAAGGAGAGAAGGAGAGAAGGAGAGAAGGAGAGAAGGAGGAGAGGGAAAUAGAGGAGAGAGAAAGAGAAAGAGAAAGAGGAAGAGCGGGGCGGUUUCAAGGGAGCCAGCUGGGACGGAAUAUGUCAGAUGUCAAUGACCGCGGUGGCUACUAUGGAGCGCACACAUAUGAAGUCCACACCACCUCGACCACGCACACCCACACUCGCAUAAACGGCUGAAGGCAACGGCUUUUCUCACAGCAGAUUACCUAUCCGGGGGAAGUACACUCUACUCUGCUCUAUAGCUCAGGAAGUACAAUGAUCUCACUGUUACUCGGCCUAGACCUGGGAAAGACGGCGAAGUGGCACGCAAGAUGGCGUCUUCGAGGGCCAUUCCGAGGGUGUCCGAGGGGGGGGAGAGAGAUCGUGGGAAGUAAGACGUGCUAUGGUGUAUUGUGGGGAAGAGGGGCGAGGGGCGAGGAAGGGGCGUGAAAGGUACUCGGAGGAGAUAUGAGAAACUGAGCCUGAAGGGAAGUACUGGUAGAAGUACCCUUAGUUAGAUUGAAAGGUAAGUGCGCAGUAGACUGAGCGUAGACUGAUUGCGUUCUUUCACUCUUAUUGUAACGAUUCUCACAUUCUCACAUCCACCACCAUCACUACAUAAAGAACGCCCUCUCCCUCAUCACCACCUUCUUUCAAUUUGUAUUCAUUCCCAUCCCAUAUAAAAUACACCCUCUCAGAUAAAAGUACAUAAUUCCAAUCGCCGCCCCCCAAAGUAACUCUCCAUAAAACCCGCGCCCGCUGUGAAAAUA